AUGAAUCCUGAUACUGAUUAUAAGUUGGAAAGUGUAAACUUAAAUAAUACAAUUACUUCUUGUUGUGUAAUAUCCAGUUUCAACAACUCUGACAACAUUAAUAAUAUUCAAUCAAAUGAUUUGUGUAUAGACCAAGGUAAAUUUAAUGAGGACCAGAAUUUAGAAGAUUCAAUUAAAAGUCAUUAUCAAAACAAUAAAAAUAAAUCAAUUUCCGGGUAUAAUACACAUCAGAAUAUAAAAAAGUCUCGAAAAUCAUAUAGAGAUAAUGCAUCUGAGUCAAGUAUGAAAACUACUGGGAACUGCUCAAUACCCAAAUUUAAUAAUGAGGAGAUACCUAAGAUGAAUACAGUUCAAUCUAAUAGUUCCAAUAUAGAUCAAAAUGUAAAUGAAUCGGCCAUCUCACCUUUUAUACCUAAAUCUUUAGCAAAAUCUUCUAACCUUAAAAGUGCAUUAGCAAAAAAAGCAGCAGCUCGUGAUAUGGACGAUAAAGCCUUGUCCACUUAUAUAACUCAACAAACUAUGAUAUCAGACGUUUUGGAGGUUUUACAUAAGUCUUUAGAAACAUGUCCAUCAUCUGGUACAUUGAUGGAAGAUCCAGAUGGCUUAGUUGUACCUCUCAUGCCACAUCAAAAACAUGCCAUUGCUUGGCUGAUUUGGAGAGAAAGCCAGGAGCCAUAUGGUGGAAUUUUAGCGGAUGACAUGGGUUUGGGUAAAACACUAUCCAUGAUAUCAUUAAUUUUGAAGUUAAAAGAAAAACAACAAGACAGUUUACUUCCAGCAGUAUCUAUUGAUAACAGAAGGAAUGAUGUCAUUAUUGGUGGAACGUUAAUCAUUUGUCCAGUAUCCUUGAUCAAUCAAUGGAAAACUGAGGUUAAAACCAAAAUAAAACCGGGACUAUUACAAGUUAGCCAGUAUUACGGGAUAAAUAGAAGUUUUUCAGCUUUAGAGCUGGCAAAAAAUGACUUGGUUAUUACAUCCUACCGUGUAGUUAUGUGGGAUCAUAAAAUACGACGGAAUACAAGUCCUUUAUAUAAAAUAAAGUGGAAUCGAAUUAUUUUGGACGAAGGCCAUAAUAUUAGAAAUCAUAAGGCUAAAACUUCAGUUGCUGUAUGUAAUAUUAAAAGUUUAAAUCGAUGGGUAAUUACGGGAACUCCAAUUCAUAACAAAGAAGCAGACUUUUUCACUUUGUUGAAAUUUUUGCGUUGCAAACCGUUUGAUGACUGGUCUGUUUGGGAAAGGUGGAUUGGCAAUAAUGACGAUGCAGGGAAACACACGCUUUUUCUACUUGUAAAAACAUUAAUGUUAAGACGGACUAAAUCAGAGCUUACACAAUUUACAACAUUUAGUUUACCCAUAAAAGAAAUUUAUACAAUUGAAAUUGAAUUAUCAAAGGAAGAAAGACACGCUUAUGAGAAAUUACUUCAAUUCUCAAGUAAUCUUUUUGCAACAUAUCUGAACGAAAGAGCAGCAAAAGAAAAAAAAAUUGACCCAAGUAUCAAAGUACAACAUAAAAUUCAAUAUUUUCAAGAACAAAAUCAAGAUACAGACGAAGUUUUCAAAGAUCAUCCCGAAUUUCUUGAAUCGUUCAAACAGUUCAAUAACAUAGAGGACAUACAGACAUACCAUAUAUUGGUAUUACUUUUAAGGCUAAGACAAAUAUGUUGCCACCCGCUAUUAAUAAAAGGACCUAUUACAGAAGAGAAUGAUAUGGAAAGUAUCCUGGACGAUGACUCAGAUGUAACUAAUAAUGAUUCAUAUAAUGAAAACACUGACAUUGAUAUUUUUCCAAACAAUAAUGAUCUGUCAGAUCUUAUGAGUUGUCUUACAUUGGAAGAUGAACCUGUUAAGAAGAAACAUGUGAAUGACAGUAACAUUUUCCAAAAAUCUUGGAUUUCAACCAAGGUAGAAUAUUCUCAUUAG